UAACUCCUCUGUCACUGUCGUUGUCAGGGGGAAACCUGUAACCAGUGCUGGCAGUCUGCUGAGAGCAUUUCAGUUUUUCUAUCAUGGACGGCUCCUAUAAAACACAAAUGAAACAUACCGAGGAAAUAAGAGAGGAUAUGAAAGCGGCUGAAGCGGACACUUCUUCUCAGAGCUCCCCUGGCUGCUGCUCCUGUCUGAAGAGCACGAGAGGACUCAUCCCGCCAGUAUACCGGAAUGAGCUCGUGCAGCUUUUCAAACUAGCGGGACCAGUGGUCAUUUCCCAGCUGAUGGUUUUUAUGAUCAGUUUCGUGAGCACUGUGUUCUGUGGUCACUUGGGAAAAACAGAACUAGCAGGAGUAUCAUUAUCAAUAGCGGUAGUGAAUGUUACGGGUAUUUCCAUUGGCACCGGUUUGUCAUUAACUUGUGACACCCUCAUAUCCCAGACAUAUGGGAGCGGUAACCUGAAGCGUGUUGGUGUAAUUCUCCAGAGGGGGAUUCUGAUUCUGUUAUUGGCCUGUUUCCCCUGCUGGGCCAUCCUCAUCAACACUGAACCCAUUCUACUUGCUGUCAAGCAGAGCCCAGAGGUUGCCAGCCUCUCCCAGCUGUAUGUGAAGAUCUUCAUGCCUGCACUGCCAGCAGCCUUUAUGUACCAGCUGCAAGGAAGGUAUCUGCAAAAUCAGGGAAUAAUAUGGCCUCAGGUUAUAACUGGAGCAAUCGGGAAUGUAUUCAAUGCAAUAGUCAACUACAUCUUGCUCCACAUUCUGGAUUUGGGUGUUGCUGGAUCUGCAGCAGCCAACGCCAUCUCUCAGUAUUUGCUGGCUGUGGUUUUGUAUGUUUACAUCUGCUGGAGGGGUCUGCACAAGGCCACAUGGGGAGGUUGGUCCCUGGACUGUCUGCAGGAAUGGGGACCUUUUGUCCAGCUUGCUAUCCCCAGUAUGCUGAUGCUGUGUCUGGAGUGGUGGUUGUUUGAAAUGGGAGGGUUUCUUGCUGGAGUGAUCAGUGAGGCUGAGCUUGGAGCUCAGUCUAUAGUGUAUGAGCUGGCUGUUGUAGCUUACAUGUUACCGUUGGGGUUUGCUGGUGCCGCCAGUGUUCGGGUUGGGAAUGCCCUUGGUGCAGGAGAUGUAGAGCAGGCUAAGCUUUCCUCCAAAGUCCCCAUCAUCUGUACCUUUAUAUUUGCAUGUUUCAUUGGAGCUGGUCUCAGCAUCUCCAGAAAUGUUAUUGGAUACAUUUUUACAUCAGAAGAAGAAAUUUUGCAGAGAGUUGCCGACGUCAUGAUCAUAUUUUGUUUCAUGCAUGUGUUUGAUGCAGUUGCGGGUGUGACUGGAGGCGUUCUCAGAGGAGUAGGGAAGCAGCUGAUUGGUGCUCUGUGUAACCUGGUGGGAUAUUACUUCAUUGGGUUUCCUAUCGGUGUGUCCCUCAUGUUUGCGGCAAAAAUGGGCAUCAUAGGCCUAUGGACAGGACUUGUCAUCUGUGUGUUCAUGCAGUCCCUUUUCUUCGUCAUAUUAGUCUGCAAACUCGACUGGAAGAAGGCAGUUGAUGAGGCUCUUGUGAGAGCAGGUGUGCAGGUCAAAGAAGGAAAAGAGAUGACCAGGGUGGAAAAUAUAGAUUCGAAUCACAACCAGGCUGAGGGCAGUGCUACUGAAUCUACGUAUGAGAAUGCAGAGGGCGACAAGGACCCAGAGGGGCAUAUUCCAGACCAGAAUAAGUCUACUACCACUACAGUGGGAAAUGUUCUAUCCGUAACUCAGCUGGUUUUACGCCGUGGCUUCACAUUAUUCUUUAUGAUUGUUCUCCUGGUUGUUGGAGUGUUUGCCAGUGAAUUCCUCAUCAAGCUCCUGAAAUGAGUCUAAAUGUCAAAAACUGGCACAAUGGUUGGUUGUUUGUUUGGCGAGCUUCAACUUGAGAACAAUUUUAUGUUGAUGAAUCCCCAAGAACUGUUGAUCCUAUAAAGGAUCAGCCCUGAGUCUGCAGCUCAGUGCCUCAUCCAGCCAAAGAUCCAGACAUACUGAUUGUAAAUAACUUUAUAGCCUCUCUUACCCCAUUUACACAAUACAUUAACAGGGAUUUUUAUCCAUUUUGGGCAUUCUGAUACCAAGUGGUAAUUGUUUGCUUCAUGCUGACACACCUGAGUGCAUACUGGAAACAGUUUGAUAUACGAUAGCACAGAGAUUAAUUCAGGAGUGGUGUGGGAUGCUUUUAUCUGGACUGGAUUGGUUGUGUAAGGAGAGGUACUACACAUUAGAGACCCCCCUGUUAACUGUCAUGAUCUGCUGUAGUCAGGGAGUGAAAAUACGGCUUUGCGUCUAUAGCCUUGCUCAAAGUGAUGAGAAUUGUGGUUUUUCUAAGAGAUCGGGAUUAUUUUUUUCAACUCAGUAAGAAGAGACAGUCUUUUGUCUCUCCCAAACCACUUUUAAUUUGGGACCAUUUUGCCUUUUUUUUUUUACAGUGCCUAUGAAAAGUAUUCACCUCUCGGAUGUUUUACCAUUUUUUAUUGAUUUUAUAAAUUAAUUAUGUUAAAUUUAACAAAAAUAAUGAAAAAAAACUUUUAGUGUCCAAGCAAAAAAUGAUUUCUUCAAAAUAAUGUUAAUUAGAUAAAUAUGUAAUGUAAAAUAAGUGACUGCAUAAAUAUACAACCCCUUCAAAUGAUUGAUCUAUUUCAGCAGAGGUCCAGCCAACUGGUGCUAGUAAUCUCACAAUUAGUGAAACAGGGAUCACCUGAGAGCAGUAAAUGUGUUUCAAGUGGUUGUAGUAUAAAGAAACCUG